AUGCAGUUCACCACCUCUCGAGGGUCUGUAUGGGGCCACAAAUGGCGGUCUUCGUCGUUAUUCAUUGUCAGCGCCAUGGCAAUGGCGCUGUUCACUGAUGUCUUCCUGUCUACCUUCAUUGUGCCGAUCCUCCCCUACAUCCUGGAAAGCCGUCUCGGUCUCGAUGUGUCCCUGACCCAGCGCAUGAGUUUUGCAUUGCUGGCGUUAAGUGCGGUCACAUCGCUCAUCUGCAGCCCAUUUAUUGGCCACUAUGCGGAUCAGAUGUCUUCGAAGAAGAUCAUGCUGCUCGGCUCAUUGGCUACGGCAUUAUUCUCCACAAUCAUUCUGGCUAUGGCGACUUCAACUUUUACCUUGUUCUUCGGUCGUUUCAUUCAAGCAGUUGCGAGCGCAUUCAUCUGGACAGUGGGAUACGCGACGAUCGCGGACAAUGUUAAGCAGGACAAUCUGGGCAAGACUUACGGGGUGAUCUCCCUUGUCGUGGCUGUGGGUACGUCCGGAGGACCCAUGGCUGCUGGCAUACUGUUCGAGAUAGGUGGAUACUGGUUGGCAUGGUCGAGUGCCUUUGCCAUAAUCGUGGUGGAUAUUGUGCUCCGCGUGUUGAUGAUCGAGCGACCGAGGACGCAACCAGGCACGCCGCGUGGCGACGAUCAGGACCCCGAGAACGAUCCCCUCCUACCAGACAACAUUAGCAUUGUCGAGGAAAAGACGGGGUGGCACUUUUAUACAUAUCUCUUCCGACACCGUCAAUUUGUCUGCGGUGCCAUGAGCUAUUUUGUAUUCGCUGUCUUGAUUUCCAGCUUUGAUACCACCAUCCCUCUUCAUGUUCGGGACGUAUUCGACUGGGGUAGUAUGAUGUCCGGGUUACUUUUCGCCGCUUUACAAGGUCCUGGAAUAAUUAUGAGCCCGCUCUGUGGUUGGUUGAAAGAUCGCUAUGGCACACGGUAUCCAACCGCAGCAGGUUUCGCCAUCCUGACGCCCAUAAUGUGGGUGCUGGGUAUGCCCGGCGACGAUCGGUUCCCCGGCGUGAACGGUGGCAACACAGGACAAAUCGUCUAUGCCGUCUGCGUAACUGCAGUGGGAACUUUCUCGUGUUUACUCAAUGGCGCAGGAAGUAUUGAAGCUACAGUGACCGUCGACGAAAUUGAAGCCAGACAUCCCGGCAUUUUUGGCCCUAAUGGCGGGUACUCGCGAGCGCUGUCUCUUGCGAGCAUGAGCUGGACCUCGGGGGCAUUCAUUGGUCCUAUUUUGUCUGGAUAUCUGACCGAGAAGGUCGGAUACUAUGAAAUGAACUGCGUUAUUGCCGUUCUGUGCGCCCUGUCGACUGUGAACGCUCUCUGGAACCUCAAGUCCAAGACCCCGGCGGAUGGCCAAGGUCAACCUGACGAUCGUAAAUAA